AUGUCGUCCACAACCCCAUCAUCACCACCCCAUUCCGCCGUCUCGCCAUUAAAGAGAAAAGCCAUGUCGGUCACCCAAACAUACUAUCUCGCCCACACGGCGCGAGGCAAGCUCUCAGCAGCCGCUGCCCGCCCAGACCACGACCUCCGCCUGCUCGUCGGCCACGCCAACCUUCUCGACUCAUUAAUGCUCGAGCUCGCCGAGGCAGAGCAAGAGCAGGAGAGCUGGUUCAACCAAUCCGUCAAGAAGGCCACCAAGACCGAGGAGCCCCGACAUGUUCAGUGGGCCGACACCGCGUUCGAGGACCCCGAGGAGGACUGGCAAGCAGAGGAUGCGGAUUUGGAUUCCUCGGAUAGCGAUAGCGACUACGACUUCGAGGAGGAGAUGGAGAGCCUCGUGUCUUUACAUCGCGUGCAAUCAAAUCCAACCGCAGCCAUUGCCGUGGAGGAAGUCGAGGAAGAUGAGGACGAGGAAUUCGAGGACGACGGGGAAGAGGACUACGCCAGCCUACAACUCCACCUCACCACCUCACAUCCCGCCUCCCCUCCAGAACUCGACCACGACUCGGACUCGUCAGAAGACGAGUCGAUGCCCCCAUCCCCGCCUUCGGAUAUGCUCCCCACAUUCUCGGAAAAGCAACGCAGUCGAAUCGCAACCACUUCUUACUACUCCAAGUCCCCCGAAGCCCCCUCAAUACCAGCGAACGCGCAAGGGGCCUUCGUAGAAGAGGGCUUCUAUCUCCCGCGAACGCGGGGUAGGGGUCUCGUGAGCGCUAUCAGUGUAUACUGA